AUGGCUUCAUAUCAUCGAAUUCUCAAUGUCUUCGAAAGGUCAAUCGAAGACAAAACUUUACAAUGUGACUGUGACAUCCACCCAUGGGAAAUUCUCGUGAAUGGAGAUCGUUGGUCGGGUCGACUUCGACUUAUAGGUUUUGUGGAUAUCUUCUUUCUGAUUAGUUAUUCCGAGAACUCGAGGUUUCAUGAGGGCAUUGUUAUCUACAAGGAUGACCAGCACAUCGAAAAGCUUCUAAACCUAGCCGGAAAAGAGUUUAAAGAUGAGAAACUCACAACCAAGACCCCCAACUCCGAAUUCUCAAAUCCCAAGACAACAACUCCAACCCCAACCACCAACCCAAAUACCUCUCAACUCCCCAAACCCACCUACACAACCUUCACCCGCGACACCGCCGACUACACCUGCACAUCCAUCGGACAUUCCAUCGGUCUCCGCACCAGAUAUGCCCCCUCCUCCCUACAAACCUACACGAUCCAUCUUCGCAAACCGACCGAUCCCCUACUCAAACGAAAAUACAAGCGCGCGCUCAAAGUACACGAUACGCUGGAUAUGAUACAUGAUGCCGUUAAAUUGGGAUUGGUGAGUUAUGCGGAGAUAUUGGGAAGUGGGAUGGGUCAUAUUUAUAGGGGAAGUAGUGCGUUGCAGAUUGGGAAGAGGUUUGUGGGGGGGCUUGGGGAGGGAAAUAGGAAUGAGGGGUGGAUGGGGCUGAGUGGGGAUAAGGGGUAG